AUGCCCGGAAAAAUCGAUUUAAGCCCGAAUGCAUCGGUACGAAUGAUCAGUGUGAACACGGAUAACGUCGCAUGCGCCUAUUUGGCGAAUUUGUAUAUUCCAAUUUUUUCGCUGGAAAAGGAGAAGGUUUUGAGACGAUAUGAGGUCCAUAAUCAAAUUUCUGGAAUACAUUUUGCACAUGCAAAGAAGAACGUAAUCUACGCUGUCGACGAUUCCUUCGGCCUACACGUCUUCGAUAUUCGUUCAGAAUCCAAAAAAAAGUUCCGGCUGAAUCCGGAAUGCGAGAAUCACAAUGUCGUCAGUACGGCAUUCUCAUCGAACGAUCAAACGAUCGCAGUGUCGAGUUCAACGUUCGCCGGAGGUAUUUCGGAUGUUCGUGGAUCCAGAAGACGUCAGGAAAAUCAUGAAAAUGUCAUUUCUCUGUAUGACGCGCGCUAUCCAACGAAUCCUAUCACCACUUACUAUAAACGCCACAAAUCCAGCGUCACCACAAUGGAAUUCUAUCAAAAUGGGGAUUUUUUGAUAACCGGCGAUUCGUCGGGAGCCAUCAAAUCGUUCGAUUGUCAGCUGAGAGACGAGGAUAAUGCGUGUCGAUGGGAACGAUGGACGACAAAGCCAAUUUCGAAAGUUGGAAUUAUUAAUAAACGAAUUGUCUACGGGAUGAGUGGGCGGGAGGAAGCGACGGUUUUCUAUGAUUCGAAGGGGUCGUUGGAAGUGCUUUAUGGAAGUGUUAGCAAGACCGAAAAUGGAGGAGGGGAUUCGAAGCGUUCGAACGCUCUCUUCAAGAAGCCAGAAUGGUGUAUUGGACUGAUCAAAGGAGUCAAUGAUGACAUUCCGCUGGUUGCUGUUCAUGGUGUGGCGAAAGAGACAUUUAUUUCUCUAACAGCUAUCAACCAAGAAGGGCACCGUCAAUCCACGCCCCUUCUCUCAUACGAAGGACAUUCUAGAGACGUCAAAUGUAUGACGGCGACGUCGGAAUUCCUAUUAACAGGAGGAGACGAUGGAAAAGUCGUAGUUCAAAUUGCCAAUUUUAAAAAUCCAAAAUUCGGCUCCGAUGCCCUACCAAAUCACCAUCCAUUAAUCCUGAAUCGUGCAAAAUUGGCGGAAAUUGAGGAUUAUGGAAAUCCAACGUCUUCAGAAGCUUCAGAAGACGUCGUUCGCGAUUCAGAAGCACCUUCAUCAUCAGAAUCGUCAAAAAAGACGUCCUCUUCAUCAUCCCUUUUGGCUUCAGAAUCUCCAAAACCCGAAAAAUCAAAAUUCGAAAAUUCUGAAGAUUCUACGUCUUCUGAAUCGGCAAAUCCCUUAAAAAUGUGUUCAGAAGGCAAAAUCAAAAAGAGAAAAGACGAGAGAGGAGGAGACGCAGAGAAAAAGGAGGAUGAGGAGGCGGUGGAAUCGAAAAAGCCAAAAAUCGAGGAGAAUUAA